AUGGGACUAGGACGAGUCUUGGAAAUCAUCAGGUUGCCCACGAAUUCGAGGAGUGUCGUGAGUUUCUGGAUCAAUGAGGAUAUCCGACCAUUGCCACCAAGCCGACGCACGUGGACGCGAUGGGCCUACAUAUCGUUCUGGGCCAUCAAUCAAAUAUGUUUGAGUAACUUCCAGCUGGGAGCGUCGCUGGUUAGCGCUGGCCUUGCGGUAUGGCAAGCCAUCCUUGCCGUCAUCAUUGGCAAGUUUAUCAUCGCUGCAGUAGCCAUUGCAAACGGUUACGUGGGCGCUGAAUGGCAUAUCGGGUUUCCAGUCGUAAGCAGGUACAUUUGGGGUAUGUACGGCAGCUACCUUGCCAUAGUCCAGCGAAUCAUCCUUUCACUUGUCUGGUUCUCAGUGCAAUCAUGGACAGGCGGGCUCUGCGUGCAGAACAUCCUUUGCGCCAUAUUCCCAUCUUAUCAAAACCUGAAGAACCCAUUCCCAGAAUCCGCCAAAAUGGAUGCCAAACAGUUCGUCGGCUGGAUCAUUUUCAACGUGCUCAUGAUCCCCAUCUUAUACGUCCGACCCGAGAAAAUGAAAUGGAUCAUUCUGAUCUUCAACAUAAUUUCAGCCCUCACCCUCCUCUCAAUGGUCAUCUGGGUCAUGAACGAAGCAGGAGGAGGCGGACCUCUACUCUCUCAACCAGCGAAAGCCACAUCAUCCUGGGAUCUCGGCUGGUCGAUCGUGCACGGAGUUACCACUGUGAUCGGAAGCAUCGCAGUGGGCCUAAGCAACCAAAUGGACUACUCCCGUUUCGCCCGACGACCCGGCGACCAAGUCUUCGGGCAAUGGUUUUCCAUCAUCGUCUUAGGCUCCAUAAUGCCAGCUCUUGGCUGUCUCGGCGCCUCAGCUUCUCAAGCUGUCUACGGCGAAGCGAUCUGGAAUCCCCCGAAUCUCGUCCAGAAAUGGCUCGAUACAGACUACAACCCCAAAUCCCGUGCUGCAGCCUUCUUCGCAGGCUUUGGCCUAGUCAUUUGCCAAUUGGCAAUCAACACGAUCGACAAUGCCUUCUCCGCCGGAAUGGACACAGCCGGUCUCUUCCCAUCAUACAUCAACAUCAGGCGAGGAGCUUACAUCGGUCUCGUCCUCAGUAUCGCGAUGUGUCCCUGGGAACUCCUCUCAGCGGCCUCGACAUUCAUUUCAGUGCUUUCAGCAUACUCUGUCUUCCUCGGCCCGAUGGUCGGUAUCAUGACUUGUGAUUACUGGAUUCUGAGGAAACGGAAAGUGAAGUUGAGUGAUUUGUAUAAUCCGCAUAAGGAAGGGGUGUACUAUUACUGGAGAGGGAUUAAUUGGAGAAGUUUCGCGUCGUGGGUCAUUGGAUGGGCGUAUCUCUUGCCGGGAUUCGCGCAUGCUGUCACGCCGAAAGUGAAGGUGCCGGAGGCUUGUACGAAUUUGUACUAUCUGGCGUUUCCGUUGGGAUUCACUGUGAGCUUUACAGUGCACUAUGCGAUUAACAAGUUGUGGCCGCCCAUUGGCCUGGGCGAGAAGGAUGACGAGGACUACUAUGGGACCUUUACUGAGGAGGAAGCUGCGAGAUUGGGUGUUGCUACGCUGUACACCAUUGACGGCGAGGAGAGGCCUGAGGAUGAGAUUGUGAAGUCCAAGGCCUCGAAGGCCAAGCUCAAAGUGUAA